AUGGGCAUAAGAGAACUGAUUGAGCUUGACAAAGCUGCUCUUCUUAAAUACUUUGCUGCUCUCUGCAUUGCUUGGUAUAUUAUCUCCUCUGUCACAACAUGGUAUAAACUUCGUCACUUUCCAGGUCCCUUCAUAUGCAAGUUCUCCAACCUUUGGUCAAUCUAUCAUCAGCUUGCUGGAGACGUGGGGCCCGCAUACCUGAAGUUGAGCAAAUAUAACUCACCCCUUGUCCGCACUGGGCCACAUUUCCUAGUGACCACAGAUGCGGAUGUCUUCAAAUAUGUCAAUGGCGCCAGGAGUCCUUAUCAGCGUGAUCCGUGGUGGUCCGUUACUCGACUCGACCAUAAAAGGUCCAGUCUAGCAGACACCCUGGACAUAGCCACGCAUGACAGCAAAAAGGCCAAGCUAGCUGGAGGUUACAGUGGACGUGAAGUCAACCUCGAGAGUGCUAUCGACGAACAGAUAGCGAAAUUCGCCGAUACCAUACGAAGAAAGCAAAUAGCUAAGAAUAAAGUCGACUUCGCGAGCCUUAGUCGGUUCUUCACUCUCGACGUCAUUACUAGACUCUCAUACGGCAAGGAGUUCGGGUGGAUGGAAGCUGAUAAAGACUUGUAUGGGUAUGCUACAGAGGUUAACAAAGUAAUCUCCAUAUCCUCCAUGGUAGCAGAUGUUUCAUGGCUGCACCCAUUGGUGCGCUGGCCUUUCUUCAAUAGUAUGAUAAAACCCGACCCAAGAGCGGAAACUGGGUUGGGUAAAGUCAUUGGAUUUGCCGAGGAUAACAAAGAUGAGAAGGAUAUGAUUGGGUCUUUCAUGCGCCAUGGACUGAACAUGCUCGACAUUGAAAAUGAGACCUUGAUCCAGAUAUUCGCCGGCUCUGAUACUACUGCCACCGUAAUCCGCUCUGUUAUGUUGCAUUUGACGGCGACGCCGAGAGUCUGUGAUGCUAUUUUCUAUGUUCCAGACUUGCGACUUAAGAAUGAGAUCAAAAAUGCGAUCCCCAGCGGCAAAGUAUCUACCCCAAUAACCUUUGUGCAGGCUCAAUCUUUGCCGUAUCUCCAGGCUGUUAUCUGGGAAGGCUUCCGUAUGCGACCCGCCGUGACAUAUGGCCACUUCAAAGUUGUGCCUGAGGGCGGCGACACGAUUGCCGGUAUGUGGGUUCCUGGAGGAACUGCCAUCGGUCACAGUCACUUCGCCACGAUGCACGAAAAGCGCAUCUUUGGUGAUGAUGCAAACGUGUUUCGCCCGGAGAGGUUUCUGGAUGAUCCGAACGCACAAGAAAUGCAACGUACAGUCGAGCUGGUAUUCGGGACUGGCCGCUGGAUGUGUGCCGGCAAGCAGGUUGCUUUAAUGGAGCUGAAUAAGGUUUUCUGGGAAACCUUUGUUGCCCUCACCCGUCUUGUCGAAGUGUUAAAUAGUGGAUCCGGGGAGCAGGCUAAUCAAUUUGAGCAGUUGUUGCGCCAGUUUGACUUCCAGCUGGUGGACCCAGACAAGCCUGGGUGGAAGGAAAGUUCGCGCGUGGUCUUCACGCAUAGUGAUAUGUGGAUGAAAAUCACAGAGGCUGAAAAUCAAUCGCAAAUAGUGGAAUAA